UGCUUCUACAAGUCCUGUGCUUGAAACACCCUCACCAUGGAUUACUUAUCACUGGAUGUGGACUCGGACCAGCUGCCACCGAUGGACUACCUGUCUCCAAACGAUGCCGGCAUGGGUGGCAGACGCAAGGCCUCUCUCCUGCCACUGAGACAGAACUCGGUCCAGUUUCUCACUCCAGACAGACGGCAGUCCAUGAUGAUGAGUCGCCGUGAGUCUAUGGCCAUGAGCAUGGGCAUGAGGCGACAGUCGACCAUUUCCCUUCUCAUACCCAAACUGUCCAUCGCAUCCAGUGGCUCGCUCGUGCUGGGAGAUGGGAGGCAGCGUAGUGGCAGUCUGUCAUGGAAGGCCAUCAUGAAUAAGAUCGUUCCAUCGCUAGCUGCAGGGAAGUUGGCUGAUUCUCAGGAAGUUCCAAGACAAAGAAGGAAAAGUUUUUCAAAUCCUGAAAACAUUGAAAAUUUUGACAAAGAUGAGAAUCUUCGCCUGGAGGAACAGAUAAACUUACAACAUCUGGAACAGUUGAUGCAUGAGUUCAACAUCCACCACCCCGCUGACAUCCUUGUACAGGAGGGGUCGGGCUACUUCCCGCCAAAAGUCGUCAAGAGGACGCCGGGGUGCAUGAGUCUGGACGAAUUCCAGGACACCAUCAAGAAAGUGCUCGGCACGGACGAUUACAAUGAAUACUUGGAGAAACUUUUCACAAAGCUGGAUACUUCGUGUGAUGGCUACGUUGACUGGAAUGAGUUCUGUACAUACAUGUUGCUGUUAUAUCGGGAGAAUGAUUAUCUACGAACCAAAAAACAAAUCCCAUUCCUUGUAGAACCUAAAAUUCGACAUGUUGUACAUAACAGGCAAGAACCAUCCACAUGUGUACUAGCUGUGGAGAAUCCUACACGAUAUGUUACAGUCAGUAAGGAAGGUGCUAUGAGUGUUUGGCAGCCGAACAUGCAGCUGGAGAAGACGUACACGAUAGCGGAGGAGGACGGUGACCAGGUGAAGAACAAACGGCGCUUCAAGAUGUGGGUCACCGACGCCGUGUACAUGCCCAACUGUAACAAGAUCGCGGUCGCCUCCACUAGCCGUGACAUCCGCUGGUACGAUGUCUCCACCAACCAGUACUUUGAAGAGUUCCACCUCUUUGCAAUGACUGAUGUACCAUACUGCUUUGAUUAUUCAUAUGAUCCUAAGAACCUCAACAGCGAGUCUCUGCUGGUGUUUGGAGUGGACACUGGUGCUAUUCAUCUGCUCUACUUCAGCAAACCCAUCACCCAGCUCUUUGAGAUGCCAUUCAAGAACGAAAGUGGGGCUCAGAAAAUAAUGAUGCAGGACUUGCCCCAACACAGCAAGUAUGUGCGUCACGUGAUGAUUGCCGACAUCCAUCCUGACAUCGUGCGCCAGGUUCGCUUCCUCCCAGAGAAUGACUCCAUCAUCUCAUCCAGCGGAAACUACAAGAGUUCCGUGGUCAUAUCCGAUGUUUACAGCCUCAAGAAGGCCUACGUCUUCAAGAUAGACAAGGGAGUGGAGUGUUUCGAUCACAACAAGAAUCUCAACAUCCUGGUCACGGGAAGCCUGGAUCACUACAUUCGUAUGUGGAACCCGUACGUGACGUCGAAACCCAUCGCGUUUCUCAUCGGCCAUUCCACGGGAGUGAUUGGGGUGGCCAUACACGAAGGCUUCAGACAGAUUUUCAGCUACUCCAAAGAUGCUGUUAUAAAGGUUUGGGACACACGAGAACACACAUGCCUGCAGACGGUGGUAUUGAAGUUUCCCAGCAGUAUCCAUGGCCACAUCCCGGAACACGGCCAGUUUCCCCUCCACCUCCAGCCAGCCCCCCACAGUGCCCUGCUCAUCACGUGCAAUGACUAUCUCGGCAUGUUGAAACUCGGCCAGGUCUCGCAGUCAGUCUCCCAGAGGCCGACCACACACGAUACACAGCUGUGCAGUGCCAUCUAUAACCAGUUCUUUAAACAGGUUGUAACUGGUUGUGAUUCGUCCAGUAUUGCAGUCUGGGAUAUCGAGACUGGGAACAAGUCGAUUGUGUUUUCCAAUGCUCACGGUGAUGAGGAGAUAACGGUGAUGGUGUUUGAUGAAUCCUGGAGGAGACUAAUGACUGGGGCUAGGAAUGGUUCUAUUAAGGUUUGGAAUUUUCAAAAUGGACACAACCUGCACAAGCUGGAACCAGCAGCAGAUGCCGAGGUCACGGGAAUACUUCCUGUCAAGGACAAAAAAGUCAUCAUCGCAGUGGGCUGGAGCAGACUGAUCACUGUGUACGAUGACUCAGAUGCAGAUAACAUGUACCUCACAGCAAAUGCAACUUGGAAGGGGGGACAACUGCAUGAGGAUGAUAUUCUCACGUCUGACUUCUGCCCACCGAACUUCAUAGCGACAGCAGGGUUUGAUGGGGAGAUAAUCGUCUGGGACUUGGAGACAGAGAAGAUGUUCAUCAGGUUGAGAAAAGGCAGACAGAUAAAUCUUUCCAAGAAGAUAGAGAGUCUGACCAUGCGAACUGGAUCCAGCUCUUCAAGACCGUCCUCGAAAAACGACCGGCCAAACUCGAGACACAAGAAAAUUCACAAACUUGUUCAAGGGCAGCCCACUCCUGUGGACAAGCUUCUGUUUCUACGAGCGCGCGCAUUAACUCGGUUCUCGGAAAGUGCAAUACUCGUGUCCAGCGAAGGCGGAACACUACACUGGUGGAACAUUUACAGUCAGAAAACAGAACUAGGUUACUUUUAUGCACCGGACAGCCCUGAUGUAUCAGUACUGGCAAUGUGUACGAAACCCAACAACAGUAUUCUGGUGACUGGGGACACACAUGGCAUCAUCACGAUUUGGGAUAUCAUGGGAUACUGUACCAAGGCCCUGCGCAAUCGUGUUAAAACGAAGCCCCCUAUUGAGAGCUGCUGGCGGGGUCAUGAGUCAGCCAUUGUGAGUGUGGAGUAUAUAGAACACGACGCGGGGGUCUUUAUACUGAGUGCCUCGACAGACAAGACUGCUCGGCUGUGGACUCUGACGGGAGAAUAUAUUGGAACAUUCGGGCAGAAAACAUCUUGGAAUUUAAUGAAACCAGCAACCUGGGCUCACCCUAAAAAUCCAUUUACAACAGAAGAAGAAAUUAAAGAAACAAAAUCAAAUAAACAACAAAAGCCUGCUGUUACAAAACCAGUAGAAAAUGGAACAGAUGAAACACAAGAAACAAAUAAGGAAGAUGUCAUUCCAAGGGAGACAACUCCUGAUCAGACGAAUAGUGAACAUUCAAAAACAGAGCUUCGGCCUCAGACUGUGGUGGUUACCUCCCCUCAGAAGGCGACCGAGGAGUUUCCGCGAGACAUUAGACUCAAGUAUCGCUCACAGACCUUCGCUUUCGGCUCAGACAAAACUGAUCCAGAAAAGACUUUUCUUGGUGUCAAAGUGGAGAAGGAUUUUGCCAGGAAGAAACAGGACCGUCAAGGGAGACGACUCUUGUUUGGGGAGAUCACCAGCAGUCAGACGUCUCGCUACGGAAUGCUGUGUUCACCCUACCAGGCCCUCGCAACUCCGGAUUUCUCUGAAGUGGAACUGCCUCAAAACCUACCUCUGAGUUCUCGUAUGAGAAGUCGUGGCUACACCAGUGAAAAUUUGACUUUCGACAAAAUCAAAAGCAUGGACUUCUCUUACUUCACCCCCGACACGCCCCCUAGUGGCGAGGACGACUCACCGAGUAUGAAAACUACCAGUGAAAAUGAACCAGCCGACACCAAUAGACUUCCUCCAAUAAAACAAGCAGCACCAACCAAAGUCUCAUGGUCUAGGUUACCCGGACAGAUCGGUUCAAUGAAGAAACAAGCCACAUUUAUAUGAACGUAAUGCUGCUGUUGCCAUCUUUAUUCUACUGUUUUUCUAAGUUGAAAGAAAUCAGAUCACACUUGUCAUACAACUAGCAGUCAUUGGCAUAGCCAGGCUAGAGAAAAUGCUUUAUUUAACGACACACUCAACACAUUUCAUUUUGUUUAUGGUUAUAUGGCGUCAGACAUAGUUAAGGACCACACAGAUAUUGAAGGAGGAAACCUGCUGUCGCCACUUCAUGGGAUACUCUUAUCGAUUGGCAGCAAGGGAUCUUUUAUAUGCACCAUCCCAUAGACAGGAUAGCACAUACCACGGCUUUUGAUGUACCAGCCGUGGUGCACUAGCUGGAGCGAGAAGCUAGGCUAGAGAUUUUGGAAGCUAUCUUAAUGCUACGAUAUCGUAAAACCAUCAUAAGCUAUAUCACAACAAUGCAAGCCAUAGUGACAUCAUAGUCUACGAUGGUUUUAUGAUAUCAUAGCGCUAAGAUAAUUUUUUUAAUUUGGGCCCAGGAUUUUAUAUUGGGGGGUGGGGGACACCCACACUGUCUAUGAGUUGUGUUAUGGUGCAACAGGCAAAUAUAAAAGGUGGGGGGAAAAAAGAAAAUGUGAUGUAAGCGGGGUUGGGUGGGGAUGGCUCCCAUGCUACCCUUCUAGCUAUGCUAGUGAUGGCAGUGACCAGUGUACUAUAUUCAGCCAGCAUUUGUCACUAAAUUGUUGCUUAAUAUUUGCAGAUCAUUUGGUUUACCGUAAUAUGUUGUGUAGACACCAGGGGCCUAAUUCACAAAGGUCUCUUAGGCUCUGCUAGACGACAAAGCAUCCUCUUUGCAAGUCUUUUAGCAUUGCACUGCGAGAUCGCAAAGUUGCUGGAGUUUAGUUAAUUAGACCCCUGGGUAGCAAGUGUUAACUGACAAACGACUGACUGAACUUACUCAUAGUUUGUUACUUUUUCAACCUGUGCUUUGUUACUAGUCCUGCAAAACUGUGAUAUCCAUGUUAAUUUGUGUGAUAAAAUACCUAGAAAUUAUGCUUAAUCAGGCACAUGUGUAGGCAUUUUAGCAGAGGGAGAUGGCUCUAAACUGUACUUAGCAAAGUUUAUGAGGAGGUUGAGACAUGUUUCCCUGGAAAAAGUAUUGACAAACCAAAUAUUUGCUUGAGCAGGUGUGUGUAGUGAUUUCCCUAGAAAUUUGGCACGGCAUGGUAGACCAAACACUUUUGGAGCAUUUUCACCAUUUUCGGGGCACUUGUUUUUCAUUAAAAAUACACAAUAAUUAAUUAAAAUGAACAUUAA